GUCAAAAAAUUCAACACACCAGCAGUGUGUGAGGAGACCUGAAAGUGGCACAUGGCAGAGUGUGGCGAUGGAGACAGCAGCAAUGGGAGGCCGUACAGGGACCCAUGAGAGACUCUGGACUUGGCAGCAGCAUGAGGAGGCGGUAUAUAGGGGCCCAUGGCAGAUUAGGGGCCUGGCAGCAGCUAUGGGAGGCCCGUAAUCUGCCAGCACCCUAUGUCAAAAAAUUCAACACACCAGCAUGUGUGAGGAGACCUGAAAGUGGCACAUGGCAGAGUGUGGCGAUGGAGACAGCAGCAAUGGGAGGCCGUACAGGGACCCAUGAGAGACUCUGGACCUGGCAGCAGCAU